AUGAGGCUGGUGUGUGUAAAUGGCCUGAGAUUCAGGCACCUCAGGCUUGCGUUCCUCGCCAUCUUUGCGGUGUUUCUUCUUUGGAAAUGGGACAAGGGAUCACUGUACAGUCCUGGUAUCCUCCGACCGGAGCCAUUGGUCUUGAAUCGGAAUACCUCCAUGGAGGAAGACCCCCCCAUCAUCGAUCCAUUGGUGCAGUCGGUCACUGAAGUAGGAAAGGAAGGCAUUUCUGCACCUCCACCUCUGUCCAUAGUUCAUAACUCUGAAGAUGUCGCUGAUAACGCGGGAACAGCACCUCCUCAGAAGAAAGAAUGUGACUACAGGAAUGGAGAAUGGGUUCCUGAUAACCACAGGCCACUGUAUUCUGGCCCCAGAUGUAAAAGAUGGCUCUCUGAGAGCUGGAACUGCAGAUUGACACAACGCACAGAUUUCGCUUACGAGAAAUUUAGAUGGCAGCCUGAAGGCUGCGAUAUGCCAGCGUUUCAAGCUGCCCAAUUCUUGACAAGAAUGCAGGAUAAAACCAUUGCUUAUGUAGGCGACUCUUUAGGGAGGCAGAUGUUCCAGUCGAUGAUGUGCAUGCUUGCGGCAUCUGGGAAACAUGAUUCAGAUGUGGAAGAUGUUGGCUCCAAGUACGGAAUGGCCCAGACACAUCGUGCAAAACGACCAACACGGUCAGUAGGCUCGGCCUACCGGUUCCGGAGCACAAACACGACCGUCCUGUAUUACUGGUCAUCGACGCUCUGCGAUCUGGAGCCUCUCAGGCGAUCAAAUCCAGCUGCCGGUUACGCCAUGCACCUUGAUCGCCCACCUUCGUUUCUCAAGAAGAACCUUCACAGGCUCCACGUCCUUGUUCUGAACACCGGGCAUCACUGGAACAGGGGUAAGCUGAAGGCGAACAAGUGGGAAAUGUACGCCUCAGGAGCACCGAAUAACAACCGAGAGAUCGCCAGCAUGUGGAAGGCGAAAAACUUCACUAUACAUGGUGUUAUUAAGUGGCUAGAUGCCCAGCUUCCUAGAUAUCCCCACCUGAAGGUAUUCUACAGAUCACUGUCACCAAGGCAUUUCUUCAAUGGGGAGUGGAACACCGGAGGCACUUGCAACAACAAAGAUCCUUUGGCCAAGGGUAACAGGGUGUUUCAGAAUCAUUCCGAAGAUGCCGACAGCGAAGGAGCGGCAAAAGGCACUAGGAUCAAGCUCUUGGAUAUCACCGCGCUUUCACGGCUACGCGACGAAGGGCACAUAUCAAAGUACAGUAUCAGAGCUACACCAGGGGUCCAAGAUUGCUUGCACUGGUGCCUUCCUGGUGUUCCAGACACAUGGAAUGAAAUACUGUCCGCUCAACUGUAG